AUGACAAUUUCCAGGAUAGCCUGCCUAUGGCUUCUCGCGGUCGUUCUAGUCUAUGUGAAUGCCCUGCGAGUGGAAAAGAGUCAAGAGUUUCCGCUGGGAUCUGAGAUCGAAAACCUCGCCGUCAGGCCGUCGGGUUCCAUUCUGGCAGUCGUUUACACAUUCCCACGCGUCUACGAAGUGGCUCCUGUCGCGAAUGCCGAGCCAAAGCUUGUGCACACUUUCGAGAAUACCAAUGGCGUUUCCAGUAUUGCCAAAUCACCAAACUCGGAUGAAUACUUCCUCAUUACCGGCAACUUCUCUUUCCAGACUUUGAGUCCAACCCCUGGCUCGUACGCGAUCCACAAAUUGUCAUUUGACAAGUGCGACAAGUCGGUCGUCAAGCAACUGGCAUCGCUGGAUGCUAUUUCUCAGCCCAAUGGGAUGAUUGCGGUUCCUGGAACGCCCUACGUUCUGAUCGCAGAUACGCGCGAGGGAUUCAUCUACCGUUUCGACACCCAAACCUUUCAAUUGGGCGUCUACUACGAUGAUCCCUUACUAAAGCCUGGUACUACAAGCGGCGUGGUAUUCGGCGUCAACGGCAUCAAGCUCUCAAGAGGAUACCUCUAUUUCAGCAACACCAACCAACAGUUGGUCGCCCGUGUGAAAGCUUCAGGGAACGAAGAUGUCCUCCAUGGAACCCCGGAAAUCGUGGCAACCCAGACCCCAAUUGACGAUUUGAUUGUCAAUAAAUACAAUGGCGACAUCUAUCUCGCCGAACUUAGCGGAAACGCUCUUGGCUUUGUGCCACGUGGGGCAAACACCACCGUCCCGGAGACUCUUCUCGGCGGCAUUAACAGCACAGCUAUUUUGGCGCCUACAUCAGUCGUUUGGGCAAAGGGUGCGGAAGGCCGAACACUCAUCGUCUCGGAGACUGGCGGUUUUGAGCAAUUUGUGACACACAAUUACACAGGUGGUGGCAGGAUCAACAUAAUUCACUUGGAGUAA